AUGGGCAAAUAUACCUUUUCAUGGGAACACGCUGCGAACGAAGUCCUUGUCACCGGCACCUUCGAUGACUGGCAGAAGACCGUCACCUUGGAGAAGGUCGAUGGCGUCUUCAAGAAGACGGUCGAGCUUCCCAAGGUCCACACACAGUACAAGUUUGUUGUAGAUGGCAAUUGGGUCGUCAACGACAGCGCGCGCAAGGAGGACGACGGCCACGGCAUCUUCAACAAUGUUCUCCAGCCCGAAGACAUUAUCGACGAGCCCGUCAGCACCCUGUCCUCCGCCGCGCCCGAAUCGACCACUGCUGGUCUUGCCGGCGCCGUUCCCAAGGAGGUCGAGAAGACCAAGUCCACCGACUCGUUGCCUGGCGCCUUCCCCAUGACACCUCCCGCCGAGACGCCUCUGAGUGAGGCCCAGAGCUUCAACGUUGCCCCCAUCCCUGCCACCGCCGGCCUCGGCAACCCCAUCCACCUUGCGCCUGGCGAGCCAGUGCCCCACCCGAGCACACUCACCGACAACACGGUCGAGUCGACUGUAAGCCAUGACAAGGAGCCUAAGGAUCCUGAGGCACAAACAUUUGGUGUCGCGCCCAUCCCAGCAUCCGCUGGUCUCGGCAACCCAAUCCAGCUUGCGCCCGGCGAGGCGGUCCCGCACCCCAGCACCUUUACCUCCAACACUGUGGAGGGCACCGCUAAGACCGACGCUGAAUCAUACGCCAAGUCUGAUGCGCUUCCUUCGUUGCCCGAUCUCGCCCUGACCCCCCAGGCGGAGAGAGAUGCGAACGGCGGCAUGUUUGGCCUUCCUCCCGUCAUGGGCAACAUGGUCCCAGAGUCCAGCUUGCCCAUGGGCGUGGAUGCUAAGACCGAGAAGGACACUGGUGUUACGAUUCAAUCUGCUGCUCCCACAAGCACCACCGCGGCGCUUGCAGGCGAGGUUCCCAAGGAGUCCAGGGGCGUUCCCGAUAUCGUGAGCGAGAGCCGCAAGGAGGCUGGAUAUGCCCCAGAGGCCAACAGCAACCCCAUCGCUGUGAUGGAGAAGAAGGAGGUCGAGCAGGAGCUGAAGGAAGAAGUUCCCGAGGCGCCCGCUGCUGCCGACAACUCCUACGCCUCCCAGGCGAAGGAGACCGCUGGUAUUGCUGCUGCAUCUGUGGCUGCUGGCGCUGCUGCCGGCGCCGGACUCUUUACAGCCGCUACCUACGCCGCGAAGGAGAAGGCCACCGAGGUCACCGGUGCGAAUGGUUCGGCAACCGCCAACGAUGUACCAUCUGUCGUCUCCGACAGCCAGAAGGAGGCUCAUGUGAGCCCAGAAGCGGCUGCGAACGCGGAAGCUGUUCACGAGAAGAGCCAGGUCGAACAGGAGCUGCUUAGUGAAAUCCCCAAGACCACUGAGACAGGCACCGCUGCUCCCGCCAUUGCUGUCCCCGAAGUCGUUUCCGAAAGCCAGAAGGAAGCUCAUGCAAGCCCCGAGGCCGCCGCCAACAGCGAGGCUGUCGCAGAAAAGUCUGCUGUAGAGUCUGAGCUCCUCAAGGAGAUUCCCAAGACCAACGAGGCUGGUGAGCCCGCUCCCGUCCUUACGGCUGCCACCACUACCACUGCCCCCGGUGCUACAACAAGUGAGGCAGCACCCAAUGUUCCUGAUGUCGUCGCUCAGAGCCAGAAGGAGGCUCACAUCAGCCCCGAGGCCGCUACCAGCGUCGAGGCUGUAGGCGAGAAGAAGGCAGUUGAGGCUGAACUGCUCGAGGAAGUCAAGAAGGUCACUGCUAGCGGCGAGGCAGCUCCUAACAACGCCGCGUUGUCAGACGAGGCGCUCGUUGAUACCAAGCCAAUGCAGUCUUCUAGCGAGCCCAAUGCCCUGAAUGCGCCAGCGUCGGCCCAAGCUCAGGUUGUCUCCUCCAAGCCCAUCGAUGCUGAUACGAACGUAUCGUUUGCACCGAAGGCAGCCGAGCCUACGACAACAGAGCAGAGCAACCCCACUGUCACCACUGGUACUGAGACCACCACCACUGCGGCCACAUCCGGAACUUCUCCCGCCGUUGCCACUAGCAGCACCACUCCCGCGACUCCCCAAAAGGAAUCGGCGAGAAAGGACUCAGACGUCUCACCGAAGGGUACUCCUGGUAGCCAGAGCAUCGCGUCCGGUGCCGAUGAUAAGAAGAAGAAGAGGCGAUCGCUCUUUGGUAAGAUCAAGGACAAGCUCAGCAGCAAGCACUAGGUGUUGCUCUUUCAUCGUACAUAACGGCAUCUACUGCUCGAUGCCCCAGUCGCUUGUUAUACCCCGAUGGACUGCUGUUCAUUGCUUAUGUUCACGGAGUUGGCUUUUUGGCUAUACCACUUCCCUUCGACGUGCCGUUUGGUUUUCCUUACCGAUCUCUGCGUUCUACGAUGCAUGUUUACGCGACGAUAAUGGGUGUAUAUCGACGAUUUCCGCUGCAUUUCAAGAAUAGGUACUUAAUUCGUUAAUAGGAGAUGCAUUAGACAUGA